GUAGGCCCUGAGUUGCCGUGGAAACCCAGCUGCCAUCGCUAUGUCGUUGCAACCGGCCCCUCAGUCUCGUGUGUUCGUGGAACUGGUUCCCUGGGCUGAGCGGGGCCGGGAGAACAGUCUCCACUCGGGCGGAGAUACGCUACCCGGCCUGCGCCGUCCCCUCCCCUCAGCACAGGCCCAAAAUGCACCCCGGGAGGUGCACGUAAGCGGCACGGCGGAGGUGUCCGUGAGCCCCGACAGGGCGCAGGUAACGGUGCGCAUCAGCAGCACCAAGGAGGCGGCGGCCGAGGUCAAGAAGAGCGUUUGCCGCCGCCUGGACUACAUCACGCAGAGUCUUCAGCAGCAGGGUCUGCAGGCAGAAAAUGUAACUGUGACAAAGGAUUUUAGAAGAGUGGAAAAUGCUUAUCACAUGGAAGCAGAGGUCUGCAUUACAUUUACUGAAUUUGGAAAAAUGCAAAAUAUUUGUAACUUUCUUGUUGAAAAGCUAGAUAGCUCUGUUGUCAUCAGCCAACCCCAAUUCUAUCAUACUCCAGGUGCUAUUGAGAAUCUUCGACGUCAAGCCUGUCUUGUUGCUGUUGAGAAUGCAUGGCGCAAAGCUCAAGAAGUCUGUAACCUUGUUGGCCAAACUCUAGGAAAACCUUUAUUAAUCAAAGAAGAAGAAACAAAAGAAUGGGAAGGCCAAAUAGAGGAUCACCAGUCAUCCAGACUCUUAAAUUCAUUAACUGUACAACAAAAAAUCAAAAGUGCAACAAUACAUGCUUUUUCAAAAGUAUUUAUAAAUUUUGAAGUAAAGGGGAAAGAGAAGAAAAAAAAACAUCUCUGAAAUUCCAACCAAAAUAUAUGAUGUUUGUA